GUCUCUUGUACGAAGGAACAAACGCAGCUAACUGCACUGUUAUGGAACGUGAUGGACAACUCCGCAGCUAAAAAAAGCCAUUUACCGCGUCAGACCUGGAUAGACCAGAAUGGCUGGCCCACAACUUCAUCAGAACGAGUCAUCAUCAACCCAUACUCCAGCUCUCAGCAUCUCAGCCAGCGUUCGUUGUGUGAUCAGACACCGUUUUACAGCCACCCGCAGGCUUCUGGUCAGAGCUGUCUGAGCAGCCUUAACAUGUCUUCAGUAGACAGCAAUCAGAACGCUGUUCUGUUUAAGACUUCUCACCUGAACACAUUGUCAUCCAGCUCAAUUUUGCAUAGCACGGAUGAUCCUGGUGCUUCACACCAGAUGUCCUUUGCUCAGCAAGCCCCUCACACAUCAUCGAUGCAGGUAGCAACACGUCAAGGAAAAACUAUACCCCCGCCAUCGCUUCCUCAACCAAACCACGGAAUUCAGCCUUUUACGUCCCAGAAUCCAGCACCUCUGUCCCCCAACAACUUUUUGGAAACAUUUCACACCCAGUUGCUCAGUCAGGGUUUGCCAAACAGACUCCCUGACCAAUCCUUCAACAUGUCCUCAGGUGAGCAGAGUGGAAAUAUGUCCCAGGCUACGUUUGGAGUUGGUGGUGCUGAUGUUGAAGCUUCUAACAGCUAUGAGUCAUCUACAUCCCAGAAGCAGCCUCGGUGGAUUCCUUCAUCUCUUCGUAAAGGAGCUUCAGUUCAAUCUGCCUCAUAUUCAGAUGUCCAUGUCGAUAAACAGCAGAAGAAAGAUGUGUCUUCAGUGGCUGAUAUUGAAAAACAUCGUUUAACAAUUUUAAAACAGCGUGCACAGCUGCUACAACAACUAGAGGGCCUAAAUGUACUACUGGAAUCGCUGCCUCAGAGUAAAUGCAAUAAUGAGCAGCUGUCACACAAAACUGUUCAGGACAACCUGUCUGACAACCAAGAAGAGCCAGUGUCACCAGCAGAAUCAGCGGAUCAGCAGGUAGAAAAAACUUAUAGUGAAUCAGAGGAUGAGAAUGGGUCUAAUUAUGGAUCUACAAGUGAUGGAAAUGUUUCGGACUGUAUGUGUGAGGACACCACUGACUCAGAGGAUUGUCCUGCAGAGGAAAGCACCACUCAAACGAAGACGCAGAAGAAGCCCUCAGAAAGAGUGGUGGUGCCAAUGACAACCCGGAAAAGAAAGCUUAUCUUUGACACAAGGAAUUACUGUUUAUUCUGUUCAAAGCCUGUGCUCAAAAUGUCAAGACAUCUUACAAAUGUCCACAGUGACAGAGCUGAAGUUGCUGUUGCGUUCCAGCGUCCGAUGAACUCAAAAGAAAGGAAACAAGUAUGGCAAAAGCUAACCAAGGAGGGAAACUUUGCUCACAACAAGUAUGUUUUACAAACAGGAAAAGGACAGCUUGCUGUACGAGCAAGACCCACAAAGCUGCAAAAAGCAACAGAUUACGUUCACUGUGUUUAUUGCUUUGGAAUUUUUGCUAAGAAAAACGUAUGGAAGCACCUGAAAACUUGCAGUGAAAAACCAGAGAAAGCAAACGAAACAAAGGAUAAAAGGUCACUGGUUACACAGUGCGCAAUUCUGACUAAAAACUGUGAAAACCUGAGUGAGGGUUUUAAAAACGUCCUAUGUGAGAUGCAAUAUGACGACGUGACCGAAGCUGUCAUAAAAGAUCAGAUUCUCUUGCAGUUUGGAGAGCAGAUGUUUAGUGAGUACAGUGACGAUGUAAAGAAUCAUCAGUACAUAAGACAAAACCUUCGACUGGUAGCAAGACUUCUGCUGGAGGCUCAAAAAUCGACUCCUAUGCAGACUCUGGAGGAUUUCUUUCAGCCCUCUAACUUUAAACAUGUGGUGUCUGCCGUGAAAUCUGUGGCAGGGUAUGACCCCGAAACGAAAACCUUCACCACGCCCUCACUGGCCUUUAAGGUUGGUUACAACCUACAAAAGAUCUGCAGUGUUGUUGAGGGCACUGCAGUGAAAAAUGGUGAUGCCAAAGCAGAGGAGGCUUGCAAAAUCUUUCAAUCUUUGUAUCAAAAGAAAUGGAAUAAACACAUUUCUUCACGUGCUUUUAGAAAUCUCAAGGAAACCAAAAAGAAAAACAAAGCUGAUGCACCGUUUGUUGAAGAUGUGAAACGCCUUCAUGACCACAUGGAGAAGGUUCAUCGUGAUGCUGAGGAGAAACUCAAAGAGAACGUUUGUAGUGAGAACUACCUUGCUCUGGCCAAGGUGGUACUGGCUCAGAUCCUUGUUUUCAACAAGAGGAAAGCUAGAGAGGUCACCUCUAUUUCACUAACGGCUUUCAGGUCUCGGAAAAAGUCUGAUGUACCUGGUGACAUAGACGUAUCCGUCUCAGAUCUGGAGAAAACCCUGUGUGGAUUCUUUAGCAGGGUUGACAUCAAAGGAAACUGUGGAAGAAUGCUCCCUGUUUUACUUAAGCCUUCGUUUGAGUCAGCAAUCGAACUUCUGAUCAGCGUUCGAGAAGAAUGUGGAGUUCCUAAGGACAACCCCUUUGUGUUCGGUAUACCAUCUCCCUUUCCCUCCUCCACCCUGAAAGGGUCGGUCUGCACACAGAUAUUUGUUAAAGAAUGUGGAGCUGAAAAGCCAGCGGCUCUCACGAUACUCAAACUUCGGCAGCAUUUUGCAACGAUGCUGCCACGGAUUUACCUGAAGGAAGAUGAGUUCAGACAGAUCUUUGGCCCUAAACGUCAGACCCAAGCAGUGCGUGGAGAAGCUGGAGUGGAGUGUUAUGAGGGACAGCAGCCUGAUUCACACAAACGUAAUGAUGUUUUCAGUUCACUCUUUGGACCAGGACAUCUCAAUCAUCAACAGGAAACAACGACAAGCAGCAUCAUUGCUGAAUUUGAAAGGAAAUAUGUUUUGCAGUAUAAAUCCAAACCUAAAUGGGAUGAAGCAGAGGUCCAAGCUGUAGAAAAACACCUGAUCAGGUUCAUUCGAGAGCACAAGUUGCCCCAAAAAGGUGACUGUAUUCGGUGCCUUGAAGCUGAGCCAUGUGCACUGAGGAACCGCUCCUGGAAAGGUUUAAAGGACUACGUCAGAAACCGGAUCACAGCUCUGCAGAGAGAAAGCGGCAUUUUCAUGAAGUCAUUGAAAACCAGGGAGAAGCACAGACUGAAGAGACCACAGAAGAGUUCUGUGAGAUCCCAGCCUUCAAACAAACUAGAAGCUGCUAGAGAGCGUCAUGAUGUGGUCCCCAGUUCAAAUGUUGAACCAACCCAACGACCACAUGGAGCAACAACUUACAGCAAAGCUUCUACUCCAAAGUCACCCAAACCAAAAACAAAAGGCUUGAAUCAGAAAGUUAAACAUAAAUGGGAUGAAGAAGAGAUCCGUGCUGUAGAGGAACAUCUGAUGCAUUUCAUUAGAACGCAGAAGGUUCCUCAGAAGGAUGACUGUGUUCUGUGUCUGGAGGCUGAGCCAGAUGCUCUGAGAAACCGUUCCUGGAAAGGCAUAAAGGACUAUGUCAGAAACAGGAUUACAACACUGCAACGACAAAGUGGAUCCUCAACGAAUUCAGCAAAAUAUUACACAUUACAAACAGCAAAAACUACUGCAGAUUUCUGGACUUUACCAGCAGCUGCUGAUUUAUUUUAGCGUUCAUAGGACAAAGUUUCUCUCUACUGACCUCAUAUGUUUUUAUAUUUGUGUUCGUGUUCAUCAUUGUUUUCCUUUAGGUGUUGUCACUGCGUUGCACAUAUGUUCUCAGUUCUGGAAGAGAAGUUCAUUCCAGUAUUUGUGGUCAGCGAUUUGCAGAUCUUAGCUUUGAUAUGUUUUACUGAUUUUAUUUUAUUAACACUGCUCAAAUAAGGUUUUAAUCAAUGAUUUUCAGUUUCAAGCUUUAAUUUUUACUUUUAUGUACCUUACUUUGUAGAGCUGUACUUUUUAUAGAGUUGAUACUUUUAUUGUGAAAAUAAGAAGUGUCAUGUUAGCUUAGAGAAGCAAAUAGGAUGAUCAUGGGUAUGCUCUCUCUGUGUGAACAAUUGGCUAAAAAUUAAAUGUAUGUAAAGUUCUUGAA